ACGUCAACAACAGUAAACCAAAAAACUGCGAAAAUUUCUAACCGUCGCUGUUUACCUUUCAGAUUUUUUGUAAAAUCUCUGCAAAAACGUAGAUUUUCCUCUAAAAAUCUUAGAAAUUUGCGUGCCAUAAACUGAGUGAUUGUUGUUUGAAAGUGUACAAGUGAAAACCGCUUCAAAUUCCGCCAAAAAAAGCGUUGAUCGUUAGUGCUUGCAAAAAACCGGGCGCGUCGCGACACCGAAAAAGUUCACAGUGCAAAACCAUGUCCACGAGGGCCCGGCGUGCCGCUACCAAGGCUCCCAUCGUGAUCGAAUCCGACACGGAAUCGGAGCAGGAGGACAGCGACCCGGAUGGGAUCUUCUCCAGCCCGGAUCAGCCGAAGAAGGCUAAACGGGCGGCCAAGCGGCCGCGGGCUGCCGGCAGCGAUGAUUCCGAUUUCGACGAGAGCAAGGUGGCGGAACUGAAACAUCCAGUUAAAAGGAAAGCGGCUGCAAAGUCCACAGAAACUCCGGUUAAAAAGCCGAAGGCGGAACCGAAGCCCAAGGCAGUGAGGAAGCCGCGGGAGCCAAAGGCUCCAAAAGCGCCGAAAGUUCCUAAAGAGCCAAAAGCCCCUAAGGUGCCGAAGGCUCCUAAAGCGACAACGGGUGUGAAGCGCAGUCGGAAGAAAGUUGACACUGCUUCUGAACAGCCCAUUGAGGAGAACGCCGUUGCAGAAAUCAAGAGUGAAGAAAAAACAGAAGAUGCCCCAAUGUCCUUCGAUACUUCCUUGGAAAGUUUGCCGGAAGAGCCGGUAAAGACGGAAUCCGUUCCCUCUCAGUUUGUUCCUGAACCGGUGAAACCGGAUCCGAUCAAGCAUGAAAUACCAGAUGAAGUGGACAGUCGGCCAAAGUACAAGAAACGAAUCAGCAUGACGGUUCGCGAGCAGUGGGAUGACUUUGAGCUUCUGGCGGAAAUGCAAAAUAUUGACCGAAGAACGGCCCGGACCAUCAUAAAGCUGUUCGAGGAGGAAAACACCAUUCCCUUCAUCUGCCGGUACCGAAAGGAACUGAUCGGGGACAUGAGCCCCGACGAUUUGCGAGACGUCAAGCUCGCGUACAAUCAGAUCUUGUCCAUCAAGUCCAAAGCGGACACGAUUAUCAAAAACCUAGAGAAAGAAGAAAAGCUCACGGAAGACAUCAAGCAGGAUCUCCUGUGUGCCAAAAGCUUGGACGAACUGGAUCACAUGUAUGCACCGUUCAAACCGGCCAACAAGGGUUCCCUGGCUGACCGAGCCAAAGCACUCGGGCUGGACAGCUUUGCGGAAGGCAUUCUCAUCGGAAGCAUGCCCACAAUUGAUUUGCCCGAGCUGGUCCAACCGGAAGUGGAAGGGCUUGAAACGGUGGAAAAGAUCGAGGAAGGCAUCAAGCAUCUGAUGGCGCACAACUUUAGCAAGAAUACGGCCGUUUUGGAGGAAAUCCGGAGACUCAUAACAAAAUACGACAUUGUCCUGAGUUCGAGUCAAAUAACGAGAAAACCGGCAGCUAAAGAAAAGGAAGAAUCCAACAACAACCGCAACAGCAAAGGGAUCAGCGGCAUGAAACGGAUUCCGAAGAAAGUCGACGAACACAAAUUCGAGCAUUACUUCAGCUUCACCUGCUGCACCAAGUAUCUCCGACCGCACCAGAUUAUGGCCCUCAAUCGGGGCGAGAAUCAAAAGGUGCUCAGUAUUAAGCUACAGUUCAAGGACAACGUCAAGGGAGAUCUGUACUGGUUUCUCAAGAAGGAAUACCUCCAGGAGGGUACGGCCUCCCGAAAGCGAACGGAACUGUUCGAGGCAUCGUUCGACGAGGCGUUUACCAAAAAGUUGGUACCACUGAUGAGCCGCACCGUCCGAUCGGAUCUGACGAAGCGGGCGGAAAAGGCUUCCGUCGAAGUGUUCGCUAACAAUCUCAAGCAGCUGCUGCUGACCGCUCCGGUUAAGGGCGAGAAAAUCCUGGGCAUCGAUCCCGGUUUCAACAACGGCUGCAAGCUAGCCCUCAUCUCGGAGUGUGGCGAUCUGUUGGAUACGGCCACCAUCUAUCCGCACAUUGGUGGCGAUCGGUCCAAGGUAGCUCCGGGCAUUCUGGCCAAUAUGAUGCGAAAGCAUAGUUGUGCAUUGAUUGCACUUGGCAACGGAACGGCUUGCAGGGAAACCGAAUCCAUGCUGUCGUACAUGAUGGAAGAAGGCAUUCUGGACAAACGGUUCGUCCGGUACAGUAUUGUACCGGAACAGGGGGCGUCUAUCUACUCGUGUAGCGAGGUAGCCAAGAAGGAGUUUCCCAAAAUGGACGUCAAUCUGAUUAGCGCAGUUUCAAUCGCCCGCCGUCUACAAGAUCCCUUAUGCGAGUACGUCAAAAUCGAACCCAAGCACCUGGGCGUUGGAAUGUACCAGCAUGACGUCAACGAAAAAUCCCUCUCGGAAACCCUGGACGAAGUGGUAAUGGAGUGCGUAUCCUUUGUCGGUGUAGACAUCAACACUGCCUCGGUCAGUCUGCUGAGUCACGUGUCCGGCUUGACGGCCAAACGAGCCGAACACAUCGUUUCGCAUCGGACCAAAAACGGACUAUUCCGUAGCCGAGAGCAACUGCUAAAGGUGAAAUUCAUCGGCGAUAAAACGUUCACCCAGUGCGCCGGAUUCAUCCGGAUCGAACCGCUGACGGCCGGCAUCCGAGAUUACAACCUACUGGACUCAACGUGGGUCCAUCCGGAAAGUUACACCCUGGCCGAAAGCAUCAUCACCAGGGCCGGUCUCUCCAACAAGGACAUUGGCCGCAUGGAUUUUAUCCUCGGAAUCCGAGACUUUGCCUACCGUACCCCAAACAGCGCACUACCCGGCAUGUUCAACCAGACGAUCGAACGAAUCGAAUGCGUCCUCUCUGCCCUGCAGCGGGAGCUGCUCAGGGAUUACCGAGCCGAUAUUAACAAGCCACCCAUGUUCAAAAAGGGGCUCACCUCGAUGGCCGAUUUGGCAGAGGGAACCGUCCUAACCGGGGCGGUGAACAAUGUGACCGACUUCGGUGCGUUCGUCGACAUCGGUGUGGAGAACAAUGGACUGAUUCAUCGCAGCAAGAUGAACGGUAUGCGUGUGAACAUCGGGGACCAGGUCGAAGUGACGGUCCUCUCGGUGGACGUGUCCAAGGGACGCCUGGGACUGAAGUUGGAAAAGAUUCUGAAGUAGGCGACCAACCAAGGUAGGUGGAGAUACUCAACUGAACGCAUCUUGACUCAAGUAGGUAGGUAGUAGGUGUUAACUAGGAAUGCCACUCGCAUUUUGUAAACCGUCUCGUAGGACAAAAAAAAGUGCGCUAGUUGUUGCAGUGUA